UAGAAGGAGCAAAAGAGACACCCUUAAAUAGACUGUAAAGGUGGGUGGGUGAGGAGGACAGCAAAGGAAGCAGCCACGCUUCUGCAGUGACCUCCAAAAGACUUGAAGCACCGGAGAAAUUCACCACCGGCACGUACUAUCCCGCAUCGGCAUCAAGGACGCAGCAGCGCUCGCUGGCACACGCUCUCGAAAGCAACGCUCUCGCCUCAGGACUGCAAAGGUGCUCAUCCAGGAAGGCAGAGGAAACACCGCCGUCCCUCCUUCUCUUUGGGCAGGCCUCCCUCUCCCCAUUUUUAUGCAGCAGGUCUGCAGAGCAAAGAAAGCAGAGAUGGGUUCUUGGAACAGAGUUGGUGCCUUAGUUGAGAGGGGCAUGCUACAAAUGCAGUGAAGGAAAGACAGACCCACACUGAGAAGGCAAAACUGUGGCACUUUUGGCCAGGACGGGGUUGUGCCGAAUACUCAAGUCUUAAAAGUCACAAACCUUGCACCAGAGCGAAUUCUCUGAGUCCCGCCACAAAAUUAAAAAGUAGAAUAUCGUCAUCGUUUUCAUGAGGGGAGUUUCUUUACCAGAAUAUUUACAAGUGACGGUAGUGAGCUGAAGCGAGCAUUUCAGGCCUAUUUGUCACCCGUAGAAGAACUGUUUGUCGGCAGCAUUAAAAUCUCUAGUAGAAAAAGGAAUAAAAUCCACUGAUCUGGCAAAAGGGAUCGUUGGCUCAGUUCGCUGCGGGAUCUGACCGGCUCCAGUUUAGCAGUGGCUCUGUCUGAGCAAAAAACCAUGCCAAAAAUCUGUCAACUCUGCCAGGGUUUUGAAAGAGAGGGGCUUCCCAAAGGACUGGCGAGGGACCAGCCAUAUUGGAAACCCCUGAUUUUGGUUGAAUCUCUGUGCCAGUCUGGGGCAGGACGUUAUCUUUGUUCUGGGAAGGCUUGACACUGGCUGGAUGAACACCACCGUUCCAAUGAAGGCCCACAAGAUGGUGGAGUCAGGGCUGGCUACCAUAAGCAACCAAAGUCACGGGAAACCCAACAACAUCGAGGAGAUCUUGGCUGGCGGUGCCACCAAUGGUAGUUUGCCAGUGGAGGAGCUCUUCCAACUGCCCACUUUCUCCACAGCUGCCAAAGUCCGAGUGGCUAUAACCAUAGUGCUGUUCCUCUCCUCUGCUUUCUUCAACAUUACUGUGCUCUGGACCAUCACGCAGAAAUACCAGAAGAGACCCCACCUUCGAAUUCUCCUCAUGAACCUGGCAGCUGCGGACCUACUGGUAACCUUUGUGGUAAUGCCUUUGGAUGCUGUGUGGAACAUCACCGUGCAAUGGUAUGCUGGCGACGUGGCCUGCCGGGUGCUCAUGUUCCUGAAACUGGUGGCUAUGUAUGCCUCAGCUUUUGUCACUGUGGUGAUCAGCCUAGACCGCCGGGCGGCCAUCUUGAAUCCUCUAAGUGUCAGUGAGGCCAAGAGGAAGAACAAAGUCAUGUUGUGCAUGGCCUGGGCCUUGAGCUUGCUUCUGGCAUUACCUCAGAUGUUCGUCUUCCACACCGUCAGCCGCUCCCAGCCUGUCUACUUCAUCCAGUGUGCCACAGUGGGAAGUUUUGGUGCCCGCUGGCAAGAAAUCCUCUACAACAUGUUCACCUUCUGUUUCCUCUUCCUGCUGCCCUUGCUGAUCAUGGUCGCCUGCUACUCUCGCGUCUUCAUCGAGAUAUCGAGGAAGAUGAAGAAAGCUUGUGCUGCACCCAGGUCCAGAGAGUUCCACCUUCGCCGUUCCUACAACAAUAUCCCCCAGGCACGCAUGCGCUCCCUGAAGAUGUCUGUUGUCAUUGUCUUGACUUUCGUAGUCUGUUGGACCCCCUAUUACAUGCUCGGUCUCUGGUACUGGUUCUCCCCAGAGAUGCUGACCAGAGAGCAGGUGCCUCCUUCCCUCAGCCACAUCCUCUUCCUCUUCGGCCUCUUCAAUACGUGCCUUGACCCUCUCAUCUACGGCCUCUUUGCCAUGCAUUUCCGGGCAGGAAGCAGGCGGAGCUGCUGCUGCGGCCAGAGCAAAAAGGAGUCAGAGGCGGCUUCCGGAUUGACCGGCUCUUUCCGCGCUUCCCCCACACUGCCAGCGAGGCGGUCGGAGAAGACCCAGGAAAAGUACAAAGCAGAAUUUAUGGCGGUGGAAAGUCCACCUGAGGCCAAGCUGUCGUUGUACAGAAGAAAGAUGGCGGAGAGUUUCAUCUGACAGGAUGGAAGGAGAUGACCGUCUGCUACAUUCUCAUCUCUGAACAUCUUGCCUUUGCUUCUGGGUGCAGGCGGAAGGGAUGGUUCUAUUCCACCUAACUGUGACACCCAGAAAGUUUCGAUAUCAAUAAUUCUAACAGUCAGCACCAUCAACCAAUAAAUACAGAAUA